CUGUGCCCGCGAGGCAGUGCAGAGGGAGAGUGUGGGAUUGAGGAGGCGGCUGCCCCACCCACCAUCUGUUAGAGCUCCGGCCUGCGCUGCCACGGUAGUGUGGUCCUACUGUGGUCCCACCUAGAAGGGUCAGCAGAGGCAAGAGAGAGCCUGGCUAAAAAAGGAGCCACACAUCUGAAACCAGAAUGUCUGCUACGGACACAGGCUCGGAGCCCUCGCUGGGGGUGGACCCCUCUGAGGACACACUCCGGAGGCUGCGGGAGGCUUUCAAGGCAGGGCGGACUAGGCCUGCUGAGUUCCGGACAGCACAGCUGCAGAGACUGGGCCAAUUCUUGCAGGACAACAAGCAGCUGCUGCAGGAUGCACUGGCCAAGGACGUGGGCAAGUCAGCCUUCGAGUCAGACAUGAGUGAGAUCAUCCUGUGCCAGAAUGAGGUGGACCUGGCCCUCAAGAACCUGCAGACCUGGAUGAAGGAUGAGUCUGUGUCCACCAACUUGCUCACGAAACUGAGCUCAGCCUUCAUCCGGAAGGAGCCCUUUGGCCUGGUGCUUAUUAUUGCACCCUGGAAUUAUCCUUUGAACUUGAUGAUCGUGCCCCUAGUGGGGGCCAUUGCUGCAGGGAACUGCGUGGUACUGAAGCCAUCAGAGAUAAGCAAGAACACAGAGAAGGUGCUGGCCGAGCUGCUGCCCCAGUAUCUGGACCAGAGUUGCUUUGCUGUGGUGCUGGGUGGGCCCGAGGAGACCGGGCAGCUGCUGAAACAUAAAUUUGACUAUAUCUUCUUCACAGGAAGCCCUCACGUAGGCAAGAUCGUGAUGGCCGCUGCUGCCAAACACCUGACGCCCAUCACCCUGGAGCUGGGGGGUAAGAACCCCUGCUAUGUGGAUGACGACUGUGACCCCCAGACCGUAGCCAACCGUGUGGCCUGGUUCCGCUACUUCAAUGCUGGCCAGACCUGUGUGGCCCCCGAUUACAUCCUGUGUAGCCAGGAUAUGCAGGAGCGGCUGGUGCCGGCCCUGCAGAACGCCAUCACACGUUUCUAUGGAGACAACCCACAGACCUCCCCUAACCUGGGCAGAAUCAUCAACCAGAAACAUUUCAAGCGUCUCCAGGGAUUGCUGGGCUGUGGCCACGUGGCCAUUGGUGGCCAGAGCGAUGAGGGAGAACGCUACAUUGCACCCACGGUGCUGGUAGACGUGCAGGAAUCAGAGCCUGUGAUGCAGGAGGAGAUCUUCGGGCCCAUCCUGCCCGUGGUGACCGUGAAAAGCCUGGAUGAGGCCAUUGACUUCAUUAACAGGCGGGAGAAGCCGCUGGCGCUGUAUGCCUUCUCCAACAGCAGCCAGGUGGUGAACCAGAUGUUGGAACACACCAGCAGUGGUGGCUUUGGAGGCAAUGAUGGUUUUCUCUACCUGACUCUACCUGCCCUGCCCCUGGGGGGAGUUGGCAACAGUGGAAUGGGCAGGUACCACGGCAAGUUCUCCUUCGACACCUUCUCCCACCAGCGUGCCUGUCUGCUGCGCAGCCCGGGGAUGGAGAAACUUAAUGACCUCCGCUACCCUCCUUACGGUCCCUGGAACCAGCAGCUGAUAAGCUGGGCCAUGGGCUCCCAGAGCUGCACCCUUCUAUGAGCCCCACCCUGACUCCCCCCUGCGGCCCAGCCCCUGACCUACCUGAGCUUUCAGCUGCUCCCACAUCCCCAGUGGUCCCGAAAGGCAGGUGUCUGCCUGUGAACACCCCACUUCUGGAACUUUUUCUGAACAGACCUGCAGCCAGGCAGGACCUCCAGGUGGCUGGUCCAAUCCCUUCCCAGAGCACAGCCCCCUCAGCAGCCUCCUGACCCUCUGUUUAGACAGGUCUGCUGACAGAGAAGCCCCCUUCCCAAGGCUGGGCAGAUCUGGUGACUGAGGAGGACUUCCUUUGUCAAAUCAUAGACAGGGUCCCAAAAGACAGAGCAGAGUGGCCCACAGCUCCAUCCACAUCCGGAAGGUGGCUUUGUCCCAUCUGAAGUGACAUGAUCUUGAACCCAGGUCAGAUUAAUUGGUGAAUCUGUCUGAAGUGUGUUCAUUAGUUACUUUUCCAUUACUUCUAUCAAAAGACUUUACAUAGGCUAGUUCAAGAGGGAAGAUUCUCAUGUAGUUCAUGGCUUCAGAAGGUUCUAUCUCCCAUGACUCAGCAGACACGACAGAAUACAGUUCAGCUCAUAGGAUGGCAGGCCAGGAAGCAUCAUGAAAAAGAAGGAAAGCAUGGUUGAUUAGUCAUGUCUGCUCUGGCCCAGGGAGGGCUGUGUGCAUGUGUUGGCUACACCUCUACUCCUAGAAAGAGGUAGUGAGAGGUAGAAUAUGAAAUUGGAGACUUGGGGCUAAAGAGAUAGCUCUGUGGUUAAGAGCACUGACUGUUCUUCCAGAGGACUGGGAUCAGACCCCAGAGCCCACAUCACAGCUCACAACCAUCUGUAACUCCAGUUUAAGAGGAUCUAACACCCUUUCUGACUUCAGCAGGUACCAGGCAUACAUAUGAUGCCCAGACAUACUCAUAGGCAAAACACUCAUACAUGGAAAAUAAAAUUUAAAAAUAGAGGCUUGGGGGGCUGGGGAGAUGGCUCAGCGGUUAAGAACACUGGCUGUUCUUCCAGAGGUCAUGAGUUCAAUUCCCAGCAACCACAUGGUGGCUCACAACCAUCUGUAAUGAGAUCUGGAGCCCUCUUCUGGCCUGCAGGCCAAACACUG